UGUCUUGCCUUUAGCCGCUAUGUGGGCUGAUACAUACACAUACGGGCCGAGCAGGGCGAUUUUAAUGUGAAGCAGCGGUGAAGUGAGCGGGUAUUAGCAGCGGUAGUCCUCUCUGUGUUUUUCCUACCCGGACAGCCUCGGCUUCUCGGCGGUCGGAUGCUGCUGGAAGUCCUCGCCGAUAAGAGUGCACGCAGGGCUCGCAGAGAAAAAGGAGAAGGGACACGGAAGGAAGGAAGGAAGGAUAGGGGAGCAUUUUAAUACCAAAUCGGGACACAUGUUGAGCUAACGGCCCGCUCCACCUCCCCCUCCUUCUCUCUCUCUCUCUCUCUCUCCCUCUCGCUUCUCCUCCCAAAUGCAUUUGUUGCCUCAAUCGCUUUCCCGUUACUAAUUACUCCGCGUCGGGAUAAAGCGGAUCUCCCUCUACGGCUCCGAGGACGCACCGUCCCUGCUUGGACGAUCAUGGAUCUCAGUAAAAUUGCUGUCAGCAUCAAUAAGGCCAUCAACACACAGGAGGUUGCUGUCAAAGAGAAGCAUGCCAGGACCUGCAUCUUGGGGACCCAUCAUGAGAAAGGCGCCCACACUUUCUGGGCAGCGGUCAACCGGCUUCCGCUCUCCAGCAACGCGGUGCUCUGUUGGAAGUUCUGUCAUGUCUUCCACAAGCUGCUGCGAGACGGACAUCCAAACGUGAUAAAGGACUCCAUGAGGAACAAGGCUGAUUUAACUGAUAUGAGCAGGAUGUGGGGUCACCUGAGUGAAGGCUAUGGGAAGCUGUGCAGCAUCUACCUCAAACUGCUCAUCACCAAAAUGGAGUUUCACAUCAAAAACCCUCGUUUCCCCGGCAACCUGCAGAUGUCAAACAGACAGCUUGAAGAGGCGGGAGAGAACGACGUUAACAACUUCUUCCAGUUGACAGUAGAGAUGUUUGACUACCUGGAGUGUGAGCUCAACCUCUUCCUGGGUGUAUUCAGCUCUCUAGACAUGUCUCGAUCGGUGUCGGUGACAGCAGCUGGUCAGUGUCGUCUGGCCCCCCUCAUCCAAGUCAUCCUGGACUGCAGCCACCUGUAUGACUACACCGUUAAGCUGCUGUUUAAGCUGCACUCCUGCCUUCCAGCAGACACUCUCCAGGGCCACAGAGAUCGCUUCCAGGAACAGUUCAAAAAGUUAAAGAGUCUGUUCUAUCGCUCCAGUAACCUGCAGUAUUUCAAGAGGCUGAUUCAGAUCCCACAGUUGCCUGAGAACCCUCCUAACUUCCUGCGUGCGUCAGCUCUGUCGGAGCACAUCAGCCCCGUGGUCGUGAUCCCCGCCGAGUCCUCGUCCCCUGAGUCAGAGCACAUGGUGGAGACGGACGACUUGGUGGACACAGAUGUCCCCUCACUGCCGGCUGCUUUGGAGACCAAGUUUGACGACCUGUUUGGCACCUCGGCUGCUAUAGACCCGUUCAACUUCAACAGUCAGAACGGCAUGCGCAAGGACGACAAAGACCGUCUGAUCGAACAGUUGACGAGGGAGAUCCAGGCCCUCAAAGAAGAGCUUGAGUCUUUCAGACUGGAGAGCGGUCGGUUGUGUCAGGUGCUGAGGGGGCGUGUCAGUGAGCUGGAGGCGGAGCUCGCCGAGCAGAGCCACCUGAGGCUGCAGGCUGUGGGGGAGAGCGAGUUCCUGAAGGCCGAGCUGGACGACCUGAGGAGGGUCAGAGAGGACACGGAAAAGGAGCAGCGGUGCCUGACGGAGAUAGAGAGAAAAGCUCAAGCCAACGAGCAACGCUACACCAAACUGAAGGAGAAGUACACAGAGUUGGUUCAGAGUCACGCAGACCUGUUGAGGAAGAACGCAGAGGUGACCCGGCAGAUGACGGUGGCUCGGGCAGCGCAGGAUGAAGUGGAGGCAGUAAGGAAAGAGAUGCAAGAGAAGGUGAAGGCUGCCCAGGAGACUGCAGACAGACAGGAGAGGGAACAGCUGGAGCAGCUUCAGGAGCUACAGAGAGAGCUGGUGUCCAGCCGGGCGGAGCUGGACUCCCUGAAGACCACCAUGGCCUCGUCACAACAGUCGAGCGACUUGCUCAGCUCUCAGCUGGCCACCCUGGAGUCCGAGAAAGCCGAGCUGGUGCAGUCCUUAUCGAAGGUGGAGGUGGAGCUGGCGGUCCAGGGCGAGGAACUAGAGCGAGUCCAAAGCUCACUGGCGACAGAGAGGGAGAGCGGGGUGAAGACAGCUGAGGCCCUGCAGAAUCAGCUCAAUGAGAAGGAGAGCAGGGAGCAGGCGCUGGAGAGCCAGCUGGUGGCAGCUCGCUGGUCCAGUCUGCAGGGAGCAGUGGAAGAGGCAGAGAAGAUCAUCCAGGACUCACUGGCUCAGAUAGACGACCCGGCACACAUCAGCUGCACCAGCUCCGCAGACUACCUGGCAUCCAGAUGUCAGGCCUCUUUAGACUGUAUGGACCGACUCAAUUCUGCCAGAGAAGCCUUUAUCGCUGACAACACAGGUGUGUUUGAGCUGCUACGAGUGGUGACCCAGUGUGGCCACCUGGUGGGGGACACCAUUGUUCAGGGUAGUGCCACCUCCCACAUGGUGCCUGUGGAGCAAGCUGAUGCCCUGUCAGAGAGCGUGAAGACGUGCGGGGCAGAGGCUCUGGCUCUGCUCGGACAGAUGAAGCAGCAGGACAGCAUGGCUGCAGCUGACAACAGUAAACUGAAGGCAGUUCUGGAGGCCAUCCUGGCCACUGCAGAGAAACUCCGUCCUCGGGGUUUGGAGCUGCAGCAAGGGGAGCUGGGAGAUCUGGUGGAGCAGGAAAUGGCUGCCACUUCCGCUGCUGUGGAGUCGGCUGCUGCCAGGAUAGAGGAAAUGCUCAACAAGUCUCGAGCAGUUGAUACAGGAAUCAAGAUGGAGGUCAAUGAGAGGAUCUUGGCCUCGUGCACAGAGCUGAUGCAGGCGAUCAAGGAGCUCAUUCUGUCUUCCAAAGAUCUGCAAAGGGACAUCGUGGAGAGUGGCAGGGGGGCAGCCUCCAUGAGGGAAUUUUAUGCCAAGAACUCCCGCUGGACUGAGGGGCUGAUCUCUGCCUCCAAAGCAGUGGGAUGGGGCGCCACGGUCAUGGUGGAUGCUGCUGAUCUGGUGGUGCAGGGCAAAGGGAAGUUUGAGGAGUUGAUGGUGUGUUCACAUGAAAUAGCUGCCAGCACUGCACAGCUAGUGGCUGCCUCAAAGGUAAAAGCAGACAAAGAUAGCUCCAACCUGCACCGUCUGCAGCAGGCGUCCCGCGGCGUCACACAGGCCACCGCAGCUGUCGUGGCCUCCACCAAGUCGGGGAAAUCCCAGAUUGAAGAGACAGAUACGAUGGACUUCUCCAGCAUGACUCUCACACAGAUCAAACGACAAGAGAUGGAUGCACAGGUCCUGGUUCUGGAGCUUGAGACCCGACUGCAGAAGGAGCGGGAGCGUCUCGGCGAGCUGAGGAAGAAGCAUUACGAGCUGGCUGGGGUAGCAGAGGGCUGGGGCGAGGAAGAGGAGGGCACAGGUUGAGACCUGUCACCCCCUCCAUGGCCCCCCCGCCCAAUCCCCCUCCUCUACCAUAAGACUGGCUUCUGUCUGCCUCUUUCUAUUUAUACACACACUUUUCAGUCUGUUUCUCCUUUGUUUUCUUCUCUCUUUUUUUGUUUGUUAUCUAAGCCAAAUGAAAAGGUGCUUCUUUUCUAAACCUGCGUCUCCACCCAUUUCCUGAAGCUUCCAUAAAGGACAGCACCAAGGGCUCAGUGACGAGAGGGGGGACAAAUGGAUGUAAGGGGAUGGCGGGGGGGCUACAGCGUGGCUCGACUUCACAGCCCCAUUCUCCCCCAGGACUGUGUUAGUGAAAAGCAGCGAUGAAGUCGAUCCGUUUGGCCGAGUAUUUAUUGUCUUCUUUUUCUUCUUCCCCGGUUUUAAUUAACGAGGAGUCGCAGCAGAGGUGCUACGAGCAGGUCUACUCAAGACAUCCCAGGAUGCACUGCACAAGGGCCAAACUCUCAGCAGAAAGAGGGGAGAUCAGUGACUGUGUGCCCCUCCACCCCAGCCCCAAAACCAUGUCUCUGUGUAACAUAGACGGCACACAUACUCUCCUAUUAAAACAAGUGUUUUUGGUCUACGUCAUGAGCUUGUAAAGCUGUGGGAGCCUGAGUUGCUCUUCAUCUGUCGGUGCAGUUUGACGUUCUCUUCCUCCCUAGUUUCUUCCUAUUCUUUUCUCACUGUGAGUUAUCACCUUGUUAAGUCCAUACCGCUUCACUGGCUGGUUCAUUGGACUUUCUGCCUUUCACCUCCUCACCAUUGUAACGACCAUGACUGUUAACUUCAGCUGACCCCCCCCCCCCCCCCUUUUUUUUUUUUCAUUUUUCUUUGUUUAUAUUUUAACAGACACUUGCCUGGAAACUCUUAAAACCAGAACAGGGAAGUAGCACACAAAACAGUCUUUUCCCCGUGUGCUUUGAGACUGCCGACUACCUCAUGCUACAUCUUCAGAGGUCAAAGGUAGCAGUGCAUCAUGGGGGAGGUGGAGAAGUGAUGCUCAAACACUAACGACAAGGGGUCAUUUUUUUGUCAUUUCCCCUUUUAAACGUUAAAGUUAGUAAAGGAGGGCAGUUGGAGAAAACCCUCUUUUUUUAUAUAUAUGUAGAAAAACGACACAACACGUUGAGGUCUGCUACUUGUUCAGUAAUAAAGUGUUUAUUUCUUCGCAACAGGUCGAGUCUGGACACAAACGCAAAGUUGUUAAAUAAAGUUGAAGACCCCUUACUGGUGCAUAUUUUUAGAUACGUCUUUCAGUUGUCAAGAAGCACUACUACAAACCUGUCACAGAGGCGGCAGCAGCUUCGCAGGUAGAGCUGGGAUCCAGUCACACAAUGAGCUGCUAAUGGUGUUUUCUGACAGACGGCAAGUAUCUGUUCCUCCUGGAGGCGUAAUGACCCUGUCAGCAGGAUGGCCGUGCUCCCGGUGGAGAUGAUAAUCCCUUUUAGGGUAUUGCAGGGGACAGGACUGCCCGCUGGGUCAGACAAAUCUGCAGAAGGAGCAAAUGUAAAUCCUUAAAAGUUUGACAUUUUCAAAUCAGAGUUGAAUGUUUUGAUUUUCAGAGUUUGGGGCCAUCCCCCUGCACAAAACCUUUAUUAAUGAAAUGUUAAAAGAUUUACCUGCGUCUUCAGAUACUCUGCAGGAAGGAUGGUGGACUGCAGUUUUAUAAAUCCUUCACUGUCUGCGUUGCCAGGACCAGAGUGGACUCUGAAGUAUGCAGUACACAGACUGCAGUGUUUUCAAUAGCUUCCUCAAGACCAAGUAGCUGUGUAUAUAAACUACAAGCCUUUUAUUGUUGGAAAUAAUCUUUUGCGUUUUCUUUAAUGGCAUCAGUUUUUUCUUUGUUUUUUUUUUUUGCAUCUCUUCAAGUACGGAUUCAGUUUAAUUGAAUUAAGAAAACAAAAUGGUGCACACGAACACCACGCAUAACUAAUAUAAGUCAUUAUUUCUUCCAUAAGAGGUUAUUUAACAGAAUUUCCUACUGAGACUGAUGAACUGACUUUCAGCUGGUUUCCAGUGGACUCUGUGAGAAGACUGACCAUGCCUUUGUGUAAAAACCAUGGGAUGAGUAGUCAUCCGUUUUGAACCCAUCUUAUUUCUUCUUUGUGUUUGAUGAUGGCGAUAACGGCGAUUCGCUUGGAGUGUGUCUUUCUCUGUGUCUUAACAUGCUUAGGUCUGACACUCCGCUUCAGCUGUGUAUCUCUGAGAAGUUGUGACACUGGGUAUUUAACAGAUGCUGGUCAAAUAGUAUUUGCCAAUAAUUCUUAGAAACAAACAAAAACAAAACAAAACAAAAAAGGGUUGAACCGCUUGGAGCAGCAGGUGUCUGAAUCACAAAAAGUGAAUUAUUAAUUACACUUUGGAAUAUACACCGCCCAUCUGCUGCACCAAGCAGGUUAAAACAAACAGCAAGUAUUAUUUGCAGUACUGUUGGCUCCUGGUCUUUAUAUUUAAUAAUGAUUUAAGCUGUGUUCUGUCACUUCUCCCAAACGUGGGCAAAACCGUAGCUGAUUUCAUUAGAAUAAUUGUGUGACUGUAGAACAAAAAAAUACCAUGAAAGAAGGAUACAUCCACUUUUUGUGGUAUUUCAAGUGUCUUGAAAGAUGAAUUGAAUGCACCUUGAGUGAUGUUUGGUUGUAUUUUUCGCCCAAAUAUUCUUUAUUAACCAUCCAACUUUCUUUGUCUCUUCUUUCUCUCUUUGUCUGUCCGUCUCUCUCUCGGGUCUGUGUCUGUAGUCCUACCAGCUCAGCCAGCCUUUCAAACUGCCUCACACUGUAGUCAAAGAGAAACAAAUACUCACAUAGCAACAUUGAAAAAUAUGUCUUUGUAUGAUAUACUAAAACUUUGUUGGUGGGUUUGUUUUUAUUUUUUCAGUUUUUAAAAAUAAAUAUUUCAACUCGUUAAUACA